AUUAGUGCUCCCUUCUUUCUCUCUACAGGUCGUCCAAGAACAAGCCAUGCAAUUGGAGACCAUGGAACAACUAAAUCAGUCGAAAGUGUCAGAACUUAUUUUGCUGGGACUAACCAGUUCCCAGGAUCUACAAUUCCUUCUCUUUGUACUUUUCUCAGUUAUCUAUGUGGCCACUUUUUUGGGUAACCUUCUUAUUGUGGUCACAGUGUUUUACAUCCCAAACCUUAACACCCCCAUGUACUUUCUCCUUGGGAACCUCUCCUUUGUAGAUAUGAUACUUGCUUCAUUUGUCAGCCCUAAGAUAGUUGUGAACUUGAUGAAAAAGCAUAAGACCAUUUACUUUGCUGAAUGCUUCUCAUAGAUCUUUCUCCUUCACUCAUUGGGUGGAGUUGAAAUGGUUCUUUUGGUCUCCAUGGCCUAUGACAGAUAUGUGGCUAUUUGUAAGCCACUACAUUACAUGAUCAUCAUGAACAAGAAGGUGUGUGUUUUGCUAGUAGUGGCCUCAUGGUUCUUAGGGUUCCUUCAUUCAGGGUUUCAGAUACCCUUCGUUGUGAACCUGCCUUUCUGUGGUUCCAAUGCAGUGAACAGCAUUUUCUGUGAUCUCCCUCUGCUCACUAAGCUUGCCUGCAUAGAUACCUAUAUUGUACAGAUAGUCAUUGUUGCCAACAGUGGAAUGAUCUCUCUGAGCUGUUUCAUCAUUUCGCUUAUUUCCUACAGUCGGAUUCUCAUAACCAUUAGGAGCCACUCUUCUACUGGGCAGUCCAAAGCCCAUUCCACUUUGACUGCUCACGUCACAGUGGUGAUUCUUUUCUUUGGCCCAUGCAUCUUCAUCUAUACAUGGUCCUUCAGCAACCACUCUGUGGAUAAGUUUCUUGCUGUAUUUUACACGAUUAUGACCCCUAUCUUGAACCCAAUUAUCUACACUCUGCGAAACAAACAAAUGAAGACAGCCAUGAAGAAACUCUGGAGUGUUUUUGUGAAUUCUAGAGAUGAUACUUAA